UGCUGUUUGUCUAUGCUGCUGUUGUCAAUUGUCAUCAGUUUCUGGUUGUCAUGUUUUAAAUCAUCAUUUUCUCAUAUAAUAAUUCAAAUCUAAUGAAUGAGUGAAUUCUUUUAAAUAAAAGAACUGCAAUGGAUUUUCAAAAUCGACCGGGUGGUAAAACUGGUGGAGGAGGUGUAGCGUCAUGGUCCGAAACCAACCGGGAUAGACGAGAACGUCUUCGGCAACUUGCCUUAGAAACUAUAGACCUACAAAAGGAUCCCUAUUUUAUGAAGAAUCAUCUUGGAUCAUAUGAAUGUAAACUAUGCUUAACGCUGCAUAAUAAUGAAGGAAGUUAUUUAGCUCAUACACAAGGAAAAAAGCAUCAAGCCAACUUAGCUCGCAGAGCAGCUAAAGAAGCUAAGGAUGCUCCUACAUUGUUGCAGCCAAUCAAACCGAGGGUGGAACCGAAAAAAUUCGUGAAAAUUGGUAGGCCUGGUUACAGGGUGACGAAACAGAGGGAUCCUGAAAGUGGCCAACAAAGCCUACUAUUUCAAAUCGAUUACCCAGAAAUUGCUGAUAGUGUUCUUCCACGUCAUCGGUUCAUGUCAGCCUAUGAACAAAAAAUAGAACCUCCAGACCGUAAGUGGCAAUAUCUGUUAUUCGCAGCUGAGCCCUAUGAAACGAUAGCGUUUAAAGUGCCAAGUAGGGAGGUGGAAAAGGUAGAAACCAAAUUCUGGACACAUUGGAAUAAAGACACCAAGCAGUUCUUCCUUCAGUUCGCCUUCAAAAACGAAUCCAAAAAACCUACCGCAAUAAUAGCACGACCAUUAUUAGGUGGGGUGCCACCUCCCCCAAUGUUACCAGUGCCACCACCUCCGAGGCCACCAAUGUUCAAUCCCAUGCCCCCUCCUCCCAUGGUAGGAACUGUUUUGCCGGUUCCUCCACCUCCUAGAUAAUAAGAGUAUCUUACAAUUAUGAUAAAACGUACGUUUUACAUGGAUCAGAAAAUAAAUUUUUCAAUGGAUAUUCGAUCCUUA